UGGAUAGAUCAUUUAAUUGGAAUAAAAUUGCGCUUAAAAGUCGAACAGCACUCGGAGUGAACGCAUCUAAAGAAAAUUCGGAAGCAUCGUAUUUAAAUUUUUUUCACAUGUAUAUAUAUAUAAGAGAGUUUUUUCGUUUAAAAUUAUCAAAGUGAAUUGCAAAUUUAAAAGAAAAUAAUAUUGAAUUGAAUCAUUUGAAAAUUGCGCGUCGGCAAAACACUCUUCACAGGUGACAAGGAAAAGUCACUGCAAAUGUCGAGCUGUGUGAUUUGCUGCAUACAGAAAAAAGAAAUGUUCCUCACUAAGAAUUUAUGGCUUUGGUGCCUCAGUGCACUCCUCCUUGUGGCUGGUGUAACGGACGCGAUUCAUGAUCCAACUUACACGGGCAUAAAAACUAAAGCUUAUCGCCGAGAUCCAUUAAUCGCACAGGCAUUCGAACAGCAACAACAACAACAACAACAACAACACGAACAACAGCAUAAUAAGGGAGAUUAUUACAGACCUAAAAACAUCGAUGCAACGGAGAGGUUAUCACAAAAUUAUAAUAACAAUUACAAUCAAUAUCAGCAGCAGCAAGGUGGAAGCUACAGUCAACACCGCAAAGAGCAAAUAGCGCCAAUUUAUCAGAGAAAUACAUUAGAACCUGAUUGUCCACCGCAAUAUACUGGUUUAUUACCUUACAACUAUGACUGUCGCCGUUUUGUUAAUUGUUGGAAUGGUCGAGGACAUAUACAAAGUUGUGCACCGGGUACGGUUUUCAAUCAUGAAACACUUGAAUGUGAUCGCCCAGAUAAAGUACAAUGUGGGGCAUUAGAUACAAUUCAGUUAAGGCCGCAGCAAUCCCAACAACAGCGUAAGCCACAGUAUAACCAUCGGUCAGGACGAUUGCAAGAUGUGGAAUCAUUUGGUGCGGAUACGGAAAGUGUUUCAAUUCUUUGUCCAGCUGGUGUAUCUGGAUUACAUCCGCAUCCAACAGAUUGUACAAAGUUCUUGAACUGUGCAAAUGGCAAUGUACAUGUACAGGAUUGUGGUCCCGGAACGGCAUACAGCAUCAAUAUGAUGGUAUGCGAUUUCAAGCAUAAAGUGGAUUGUAGUGGGCGUGAAGGUAGUUCUUUAAGAACUGCAAAGAGCCCGGAUCAGAACACUACAAGUAGAGCGAUUUGUCCUGCCGAUGCUGUAGGAUUAUAUCCACAUCCAACAGAUUGUACUAAAUUUUUAAACUGUGUUGGCGCUGGGAGUACUGUCAUACAGGACUGUGGACCUGGAACAGCGUUCGACAAUGUAAAUAAGGUUUGCGAUUUUAAAUAUAAAGUAGGUUGCGGCAAUUCUGGGCAAACUGAAGAUAUUAACGCUGACCGUGAUUUCGCUGUGAGAAAUCAAACGUAUGUAUCUUCAUCCGACUCCGCGAAAGUAAAUCAUUAUAACCACAAUAACAAUAGAGAACUGCAUGCAACUUCAAUCGAAGACAUAAUGUGUCCUAUAGGUGUGUCUGGUUUAUUCCCACAUCCUUUUGACUACACAAAAUUUAUAAAUUGUAGAAGUGGUAACACUGCUAUUCAAAAUUGCAUGCCUGGUACAGCAUUCAGCAUAACAAAGGGCUAUUGUGAUCGUAAGAGCAACUUGUCCUUACUUGACUAUGUUACCUUUAUCGUUUCGGAAGUAAGCUAUGAGUAUUCACAAUAUGUCACAAGCUGUCCCCCCGGCACUGAUGGUAUUCAUCUCUAUCCGUUUGAUUGCGAGAAGUAUGUUGCAUGUGUAAAUGGAAAAAUGUCUAUUCUUCCUUGUGGAGUUGACAAAGUAUACAGCUUGUCGCGCAAAUUGUGCUCUCCGAGACUCCAAGUACAUGUAAAUGAUCGAGUUCGAUAUUUGAGAGAAAUUUUAAACACAACAAUCAGUAAAGAUAUAUAUGACAGACCAAACCAAAAUUAUGUUAACCCAAUAUUAAGAUGUCCUAGUGGUGUAGAUGGAGCUUAUCCGUUUCCAUUCGAUGCUACAAAAUAUUUGAGCUGUCGUAACGAUGAACUUACAUUUGAAUCUUGCACUUCAGGCAAAAUUUUUAGUUUAUCACACAAACAAUGCACAUCUAAAGAAAACGUUAAUUCAAUGGAUCAUGUUCAAAUUUUAUCAGAAUAUUCUGAAGAAUGGACUAUCUCAAAUAUAUAUAGCUAUUCUCCGCAUGAUCGCUUCUCAAUACAAAUCAAAUGUCCACCAGGUGUGAGUGGCCACUUUUUACAUCCCUUCGACUGCACUAAAUUUAUUAACUGUCAGCGAGGACAAACUUCGUUCGAUUCCUGCCCAGCUAGCAGCGUUUACAGUAUUUCACGCAAAGAAUGUGUUUCUCGAGAGCAAGUCGCAGCUUACGAUCGUGUAGAAUACUUUACUGAUACACGACACGAGUUCUCCUCAGAUACUAACUUUAACGUAAACAGCAAUACUGCAGAAAGAAACAAUAUUAUAAGCUGUCCAACUGGGUAUGAGGGAGUUUAUCCACAUCCUUAUGAUUGUAGGAAAUACCUUGUUUGUACUAAAUGGAGUGAACCAACUAUCGAGACAUGCAGUAACGGUCUAGUUUACAGCGUAUCACGAAGAGCCUGCGAUUUUGAUGUCAAAGUGGUCGCUACUGAUCGUAGCGAUUAUAAUUCAAAUCGUGCUACACAAAUAUCUCAAAACAAAUCGACAAACAAUCGAGAUGGAAAACUUUUUAACGGUGAUACCACAUAUCAAUACAGACCUCAGCCUUCCAAUCAAGAUCGAUGGACUAAUAUGAAUAUUCCUCGCCCUACAACUUACACACAACAUCAACAUCCACCUCAAAGUUAUGAUAAUACUCAGCACAGAACACCAAUAGAAGUACAAAACCAUCAACAUCAACAAACAACCGAUUGGUCUGGUGUCGGUUAUUCGAAAGAUGUAGCGACACCUACUCAGAAUGUUCUUUAUGUUGAGGGAUCUCUACAACCAAAUCGUAACUAUAUUACUAAUCAUAGAACUUCAUAUUCGACACCAUUAGCUCCUUUUGCACCAAACACCUUCGCCGAGACAAGCACAAGCACGACACCUAGCGGCGAUAGUAACAUUUAUUAUGCACAGCCUGUGGGUUCGCAAGAAGACUCCAAUGAAUUAUUUUCCAAUACUUUACCAAAAGAUCGAUUCGAAAAAGAUCGUAGUAAAGACUUCAAGUGGAAUAAUAUAGAUAAUCAUACACUGACUUCACAAAAGCAUCCUAUACAUUUACCAAAUCAAAACACAAUUUCAUCGUACCCAGUACCAUUAGCUCAUUUUUUGCCUCCAUUAGAUAUAGAUGAUGGUCAACAGCAACAGUUGGAAACAGAUUAUUUUGAUCAAAAUCCCAGUGCAACUCAAAACACACAUACACAAUUGUUACCAUCUUAUCCCAAUCAUAUACCAAGUCAUUCCGUUAUUGAAAAAAAACCUGUUUUCAAACAAAAUGUUUAUAGUGAUCGUCUACCAACAACAACCAUGCCAACUGUUGUGGACGAAACUAACUUGUUCGGAGGUCUUUUACCUCCAUUACCAUCUUCCCAAGCAACAACACCUUUAAAUGGUAUUAGUAUGACACAAACCAAUAAUUUUAAUAAGAACGAGUCAGAUCUAUACCCCACAUUGAAAAACGCAACUGUCCAGACAUUUGCCAGAGAUCCGCACUAUAGCCCAUCAUAUUCAGGUGUUGCUCAUUCCAGAAAUACAACUUGGACUGUCGUUAAGACCCCUCAAACUAAUGUUAAAUCACGUAUUCCUGUUAUACCUGAAUUUCAGGAUCGACAAUUUGAGGAUUUUUAUGACGAGGACUAUGACAAUGAUUCACAGCCACAAGUAAUAUCGACUACAACCGACCGUCAUGGUCUUUCUCCUCCACCUUACAAUAAACAGUACUAUAAAAAUACUACUCCCUUGAACUCAAACAAUUCACCUCCUUUAGAUACAGAUAAUUUACCAAUAAGUGAUGCACUGCGUAUCCUUUUACGACCCUAUUUUAAUCGAAGCGGUAGCAUUACAGAUGAAGCUGCUGCCAAAGCUGAGUCGCAUAUAAUGGCACUAACAUCUCCAACAAAGUUCCCAUCUUCGGCCCAUACACGCAUUUUCACAACCACUUCCACAAAAGCUCCAACUACCGUAACUACUAUAUUAGACGACGUUGAACUUAUUGUUGCAGGAGAACAACACAGUAUGGUUGAUAUUCCCAAAACUAUUGGCACUCAUCAGUUGAAAACUGAGUUUCAUUCAUAUCAGGAAAAUUCACAAAAAGUUCCAGAGAACAUACAUUCUGUUAACAAUUGGCAUAAUCAGCAGCAUAGCAAAAACUUUCAUUCAAGACAUCCAGAACUUCCCAAUCCAUUCAAUAUAGAUGAACGUCCAAGUGUUGUCCCAACAAAUACACAUUAUCAUAACCAUCAUCAACAUACCCACAGAUCCAGGCAACCAUAUCAGCAUAGCCGAGAAUUUCAUCAACAUCAUCCAAAUUUACCUAAUCCCUUCGCAACCAGAGAAGGGGAUCAGUCCAUUAUACAAAAACAUGUAUUGGAUAUACCGAAUCCAUAUGCCGAAUCAAAUCCUACUCCAUCGACUGUUACUUUUGAAAAUCGAUUUAACAACGAUUGUGAAUUUGAUUGUGGAAAUGAUAUGUGCAUUAGAAAAUUCGAGGUUUGUGAUGGAGUCAAGCAGUGCAGCAAUGGUAAUGACGAAAAUAACUGUGAAUAUUUGGGAUAUGAAGUUCGCUUAACUGGAGGUGAGAGCACAAAUAUGGGGCGAAUCGAAGUGAAAAUUUUAGGUAAAUGGGGUUAUGUUUGCGAUGAUAAAUUUGGAUUGCAUAACGCUGAUGUUGUAUGUCGGGAAUUAGGUUUUAAAUUUGGUGCGCAUGAAGUAAGAGGAAAUUCCUAUUAUCCACCCACAGCUACGAAUUUUUCAUUUGCGAUGGAUGAAGUCGAUUGCAGUGGAAAUGAAACGAAACUUAAAGAUUGUAACUUUAAAGGAUGGGGCGUAAAUAAUUGUGGGCCGGAUGAAGUAGUUGGCAUAGUAUGUAAAAUACCACAGUUUAAAUGUCAAAACAAUUAUUGGUUAUGUAGCACAUCCAAAGAGUGUAUACCUCCCGAGUUCGUUUGCGACAAUACUCCAGACUGUGCAGAUAAGUCCGACGAAAGUGAUGGUGUAUGUAAAUCACCAAUUGAAUAUCGCUUAAAAGGAGGUCGUAGCGAAAACGAAGGUAGGCUUGAAGUGAGAUAUCGAAGAGAAUGGGGCACUGUAUGUGAUGACGAUUUUGGUAUUAAAGAAGCUCAAGUAGUAUGCAAUUCUUUGGGCUACUUUGGUCUUCCGACGUUACAAAAGAAUAUAUAUGGACCUGGAAAAGGACCAAUUUGGCUAGAUCAAGUUUCUUGUAACGGCAAUGAAUCUGCCAUAGAUAGGUGUAACCACUGGAAUUGGGGAGAACAUAAUUGUAAUCAUACCGAAGAUGUGGGUAUUAAAUGUACUGUUGGGACAGCACCAGACCAAAAAGUUAUUACUAACCUCGACCGCAAUCAUUGGGAAAAAAAUCUGACCGAUAGUGAAGACGUCUUAGGACAAACAAUGUUAGAAGAUAUUGGGUUAUAUAGUGGACUAGAGCGUUCUAGUAAAUCUCUACAUAAGCAACAACGCCGUUGCGGACAUUUUAAAGAAGAUUUAGUGGAUGACUAUGCGCAUCCUGAGGAGCGUGUAAUUAACGGAACAGUCGCAAAACGAGGACGUCACCCUUGGCAAGCAACAAUACGCACACGUGGUAUAGCAGGCAUAUCCAGUCAUUGGUGUGGUGCAGUUCUAAUAUCUAAGCGACAUCUGUUGACUGCAGCUCAUUGCUUAGCUGGGUAUCAGAAAGGUGCAUAUUUCAUACGCAUGGGCGAUCACUAUGCAAGUGUGGCGGAAUCUUCCGAAAUUGAUUCAUAUAUCGAGAACUGGUAUAUACAUGAAAAGUUUAGAGAAAAUGCGCACAUGAAUAAUGAUAUUGCCGUUAUUGUACUCAAAACACCAGUCAAAUUCAAUGAUUACGUGCAGCCAAUUUGCUUACCUGAGAAAAAUACUCCCCUCGAACCGAAUCGAAUAUGUACAAUAUCCGGAUGGGGUUCGGUGAAAUCUGGAGUAUCUACACCGUCUAAUAUACUACGCGCAGCGCAAUUACCAAUUCUAGCGGAUUCUACAUGUAAGCAGCCGCAUGUAUACGGGAACUCAUUAACCGCAGGCAUGUUUUGUGCUGGAACUUUAGAUGAAAGUGUUGAUGCUUGUGAUGGUGACUCUGGUGGACCACUUGUUUGUUCUGAUGAAGAUGGGGAGACGCUUUAUGGAAUUAUUUCGUGGGGACAACAUUGUGGUUACAUUAACAAACCAGGUGUAUAUGUUCGAGUUGAAAAAUAUAUUGAUUGGAUUUAUGAAAAAGUUAACUUCUCUUUACAACAGACAAAAUUGAAGUUUUAAACUAAAUUUUUUAUAAUUUUUUAG